AUGGAUUUCCAGGAGCUCUGCUUCGGCCCCCCACCUCGACCAGCACCUCGCCAAAGCCACUCCAAGUCGCUGAUUGGGAAACUGAGGAGGCGUUCGGCUGCUGGGUUGGGUCGGGUUGAGUUUGUCUUGAUCGCUCUCGGUCCGAGCAGGAAGAAGAGAUCAGAUUCGAUCCCGGGUGUCGGAAUUCCACCUGCCCAUGGAUUCCGCUUCGGGUGCCGGGCCACCGAGCAGCAGCAGCAGCAGCAGCAGCAGCAGGGCGCUGUUACGGUCGCCGCCGAGGGCCCGUCGUCGGCUGCCGCGGCGGCCCCGUCGUCGGGGGCGCCGCCGAGCAGGUACGAGUCGCAGAAGCGGAGGGACUGGAACACGUUCCUGCAGUACCUGAAGAACCACAAGCCGCCGCUGACGCUGGCCCGGUGCAGCGGCGCCCACGUGAUCGAGUUCCUCAAGUACCUGGACCAGUUCGGGAAGACCAAGGUGCACGCCGCGGGCUGCCCCUACUUCGGGCACCCCAACCCGCCCGCGCCCUGCGCCUGCCCGCUCCGGCAGGCGUGGGGCAGCCUCGACGCGCUCAUCGGGCGGCUCCGGGCCGCCUACGAGGAGAACGGCGGGCCGCCCGAGGCCAACCCCUUCGGCGCCAAGGCCGUCCGGAUUUACCUCCGCGAGGUCCGGGAGAGCCAGGCCAAGGCCCGCGGCAUCCCUUACGAGAAGAAGAAGCGGAAGCGGACCCCGGCUGCACCCGAGGUCGGCGGCAGCAGCACCACCGGCGAAGGCUCUGGCUCCGGUGACGUCGGCGGCGGGGGAGAAACUACCGGCGGCGGCGGCGGCGGCGGCGUCAGCGGUAAUGUUGCACCCGCUACAGCCCCGAGCUAGCGCCGCCGCGUACGCCGCCGCGUUCGGCGUCUCCUCUUUCUCCCUGUCAUCGCCUUUUCUCUUUUUCUUUCUUCCUCCAUGGCCGCCAUUUUUAAACGAGCGAUAUCUGUAUAAUUGUAAUUACGAGUCGAUUAUUACAUUCGACACCCAGAGACAAAUCGAAACCCGGCCCUCUUCUGCUCGCCCCCCCGCGACACGGUACGUCUUCAUUUCCCAUCUCCUUCCCCACGUACGUUUUCUGCCGCGUCGCUCGUUCCGACACGCUCUUCGAAAUGGAGAGCUUCGGAAGCAAAAGACAUGUGGAAGAAGAAACCUCGAUGGAUCGAUCGAAGCUUCGUGGUUCCAACAUCGUGUCGUUUUUUUAGCGCUACUGCUGAUGGUCCCCUGCUUUGCUGCUCUCUCAACAAGCCCAGCUCCCCCCCCGAUGCCACUUCCACACGUGCGCAUUCGCCUGUUUCGGUCCAAGGUGCACCCCUCUUCUUCCUCCUUCCUCCUUUUCCCCCAUCUCCAUCUUUAGAUUUUGAACUUCUGGAUCACAAAUAAAAACAACAACAACAGCAGUAAUUCGGCAUAAGAAAUUUUAUUAGAUUUUCCUCUCUGUCUCGUGAAUAACCUUUAGGGUUUUUAUUAGCUCCAUCGCCGACGUGAAAAAUGAUUUACAUGACCAAUCGACAUGCUGCGGUUAUUGUGUAAUUUAUCUUUUUUGCUUGCAGUAGACCCCGCAAUAAUAUAUAAUUUAUGUCGCCGCACUCUCUCUCUCUCUCUCUCUCUCUCUCUCUCUCUGCCCUACGUUUCUUGCUCUGCCAGAAUAAUGCUGUGUACUAAUAUGAUGGCAUUGCUUCUUGGAUAACAACAUACGCAGAUUAAAGAAACAUUUCCGCUAGCAUCAAAUUGGAAGCAAAAUCCAGAUCUUGUGAUUGCUUCCCUCACAUUUCUAAUUUUUUCGAUUUAUUUAUUUAAAUUUUCUAUGGGGGCAUCCACCCACCACAGUGCGAAACCGACCAGUGGCCAACCCUUUGCUUCCAUUUUCUUGUUAUAUUUUUCUUUACAUCUUAUUGAGUUCCUUCUUUGUUUGUAUGGAAAUAUAUUCCAGACCCACCAAAAAAUUCGGGUUUAUAAUAGGAUUUUUGGUCUCCUUGUGGUUAUUUCUUUAAUUUGGUUGUCUAUGGACUUCUGAGAGCC